CACUUCCACGUAUAGACGCUACAUUAGAUGCCAUGAAAGGCGCUCGUUGGUUCUCGACUUUAGACUUAGCAUCAGGGUAUUGGCAAGUGGAAGUCCGACCUCAAGAUAGAAAAAAGACUGCAUUCACAGUACCCAAUGGUAUAUAUGAAUUUCAAGUGAUGCCGUUUGGGCUAACUAAUGCCCCAGCCACUUUCCAACGAUUAAUGCAGACAGUUCUACAUGGUCUCGUACCACACCAGUGUUUAAUUUACCUUGACGAUAUUAUUGUGUAUGGCAGAACGCCGGAACAGCAUAAUGCCAAUUUGAAGGCAGUCCUACAACGAAUUAAGCAGCAUAACCUAAAAGUUAAACCAUCUAGAUGUCGACUAUUGCAAAAAGAAGUGCUCUUUCUAGGGCAUCGCAUUACAGAAGAUGGAGUAGCAACAGAUCAGGGAAAAACGAGCGCCAUUAUUAACUGGCCACAACCGAAAUCUGCCGAGGAUGUUCGCAGCUUCCUGGGACUCGCUUCUUAUUAUAGACGUUUCAUACGGGAUUUUGCAUCCCUGGCAGCACCUCUACAUCGCCUGACGCACAAAGGACGAACAUUUUUGUGGACCACAAAAUGUCAACAAGCAUUUAGCACUUUGAAGUCGUGUCUUGCUGCUCCACCCAUACUAGCUUUUCCGGACACUUCUGCUAAAGCGGGUGAGUUUAUACUCGAUACAGAUGCUAGUUCAUCAGCUAUUGGAGCAGUCCUGUCUCAAAUAGCACUAGAUGGACAGGAGCGGGUCAUUGCUUACGCUAGUCGGCGGUUAGAUAAGAGGGAGACAAGGUAUUCUACGACGCGCCGAGAGAUGCUGGCUUUGGUAAAAUUUUCGCAACAUUUUCGUCACUAUCUCUUAGGACGACCCUUUCGUGUACGCACAGACCACCGUGCACUACAGUGGCUUCGUUCGUUCCGUGAACCAGAAGGUCAGGUAGCGCGCUGGCAGGAGAGGUUGCAGGAGUUUGAUUUUACCUGUGAAUACCGACCCGGAAGCCGACACACAAACGCUGAUUCUCUAUCUCGUAUACCUUAUUCUCCUGAUACCAUUAGUGCCGUCCUUAGCACAGCCCCCGAGAUCGACUGGCCGUCUCUUCAAGCAGAAGACCCAGAUCUGCGAUUUAUUUAUCAGAGGCAACUACAUGGCAAUAAUAAACCAUCUAUGACAGAGUUAAAGGAUCAUUCCUUGGCGACGCGCCGUCUUUGUGCCAAGUGGGGCAGUCUAAGAUUGUAUGAAGACACGCUGUUUAUAGUCAGUGAAUCAAAACAACCACUAUUGAUAGUACCACGUAUACAAGUUCAGAAUAUUAUGGAGCAGGCACACCGAGAACUGGGGCACUCAGGAAAACGGAAGACUGAACAUGCUAUCUGCGGAAGGUUUUGGUGGCCAUCCAUCCACGAAGACGUUGCAGAAUUCUGCAAAAAUUGUAGCACGUACUAUGCUAUCAAGUCACCCCGACAAAUACCCCGCGCACCCUUAGUUCCAAUGACGACGGAAGGUCCGCAUCAGCGAGUUGGCAUCGAUAUUAUGGGGCCACUUACAACGUCAAAGAACGGAAACCGUUAUUUACUGGUUAUGGUAGACUAUUUCAGCAAAUGGUGUGAAGCUGUGCCUAUACCACAACAAGAUGCCCUCACAGUCACUCGGGCUUUCAUUGAUCAUUGGGUAUCCCGGUACGGCGCUCCCCUCUCACUCCAUUCUGACCAAGGUUCAGCUUUUGAAAGUCAUCUCGUCGCCCAGGUAUGUCGAUUAUUGGGAAUCCGGAAAACACACACUACCGCAUAUCAUCCAGAAGGUAACGGCUUAGUGGAAAGAACCAACAGGACUAUCAAAGCUCUCCUUCAAUCGUUUAUCAAUAAGUCAUCGACGGAAUGUUGGGAUGACGUGAUACCACAAUGUCUGUUAGCUUACCGCUCAUCAGUGCACGGAUCUACAGGAUUUUCAUCGGCGACCCUACUUUUUGGGCAUGAAUUGCGCCUACCCGUUGAGCUGCAAAUACCGCUGUUACCAUGCGAGGUCCAAGAUCAUGUAGUAUACAUCCGUAAUCUUCGCAGCCGCCUAGCCGACGCCUAUCGCUUAGUGAAGAUCAACCUACAAAAUACCAGCAAGCACCAAAAGGACGUGUACGAUCGCAAGACGAACGGACUUGUGUAUAAACCCGGAGAUCGUGUGUGGCUACACCGCCCUUUGGCUCCACCGGGGACAUGCAGCAAGUUCCAUCACCCUUGGCAAGGACCUUACGAAGUUGUGUUUAUGCGGUCUCCCACUACAUUCGUCUUGCGUAACCUCCAACGACCCCAAGACGAUGUUAUAACAGUACACUACAAUCAAUUAAAGCCAGACAAGACAACGGUGCACUUAGAUACCCCGUUUAUCAACCCCCCGACUGCCGUCAGCCAUUAUGAAGUGCCACUAGAAGGAGGGGUGGCAUACCCAUGUCCAGCACCAGGCACUGAGGACAGUGCCUCAUGAAGAGAGGGGAUAGUGUAACAGUAUCGAAAGUCAUUACGUGUAACUUUAUUAAUACAGGUUUGUUUUCCUUAUUGCAGGACAACAGAAAGUGAACGUAUUAGAAGAAGAAGAACAAAGCUUGCGCAAACUAAACCUGCUGGAUUAUGAGUAAAACUAUUUUGUAACAGACUUCUCUUUUUGUACAAAAACCGCGUAUUUCAAUUUCUAAUAUAUCUCUGUUGUGCUCGCACGCCGUGUUCUCACUUGAGUGGCAUCUGCCAGUCCUGACUGUUGUGUUGUGUUUCAGAUUGCUCCUGCCUCUAGGUAAACGCUAAGAAAACGUGCUACACUGCUAACAUACGAUCGGUUCACAGCGGAUUUUAGAGAGUAGAUGAUUAAUGAGAGGUUACAACAGAUAGGACGGCGAGACUCUAAUUUAGGGACGAGCCAAUCAGAAGCGUUUGAGCAAUUUCAGUUUUUAGUCAAUCAGAAGACAGCAUAAAGUAAAAAUAUAUUAAAAGAAAGUAAUAAAUUACAGUGGAUAUUCUUCUUUGACAUGAUUUAAAAACUCGUAUGUUAGCAUCCUAACCCUAACCUUAACCCUCACCUAACUCUAACAUAAACCCUUACCUAACCCUAACCCUCAACUAACCCUAACCCUAAACCCUCACCUCACCCUAACCUUAACCCUCACCCUAAGCCCUAACCCUUAACCCUCAACUAACCCUAAACCCUAAGCCUAUAGUAAUAAUAUUAAUGUAAACAAAGAACUUAUACUUUCCCAAUAUGGCACUUUGAUAUAUCAAUCUGUCCUCUUGUCAUUUUUUUCUCUCAUAUGUGAGCGACUUACAGGCAACAAACAUCGUAUUGAAGGUGGGUCUGGUGAACAAAAACGCAGGCCCCCCACACACACGAACCUCUGCCCUCCUGAAUGAUAGACCGCGUGCUUAUCCGUUAAACCACAUCAGACCACGGGGGAAGUGACUUCAAUAUUUCCUUACACCAAUUAAUCACUCAUAAUACUAAUGAGAAAUAGGACUCACACACCUCUGAGGUCCAAACCAAUUCGUUACUUGGAUGAAUUGACGAAAUACUGCUUCAAUAUAUCAUGCAUACCUAAAUCAAACCAGAGAAAGGUAUUUGACACAACUGUACUUGAUCCGCAUACUCUACACUAUUUUUUUUGCUUCUUAACCGUAUAUUUUCCGUCUUGUGGAGUACUCUGAUGCACCCUUGAUUACGCACCUAGUUGUAAAAUGCGGUCAUCACAGGUUCAAG